GGCAAGAGGCCACACAAAGGUUCUUUGUUGCUUCUGCGUCCAAUCACACGCCGAGGCUUAGAUCGUCCCGUGCUCUUUAACCAAUCAGAGCGCGCGGGCAGUCUGUGUAAGGAGGGGCGUUCAUUUGGAUGCUGCGGGUGUGCACUGCCCGGUUUUGCGGAGGCUAUUGAAUUAAAUUGAAAUUGAAUUAAAUCGUCGGCGAAAAUCUUCAUAGUCCCCGAUUAGCUUUGAAACAAGGCCGUUUGGGGUAAAAGUGCUUCAUCACGGAAAGAGGCUGUUAAUCCCGCGCUUAAAGAUUUACAGCACCGAGGGAUGGGUGCCGGAGCCACACCUGGACACCAUCGCAGCAGAGACAGAGACAAUAGAGUCUGUGCAGUACUGCAUGUAAGAAGGCGACGGAGACAUGGCCGCGCUUCGGUUGGACGGACUGGAGCAGCUGCCGGAGAACGGCGCCGUGCCUCAAACGCCGGAGCCCCGCGGCACCUCCAGACUGCUGUCGCGCGUGGACGCCGCCGUGCUGCCCUUCCUAGGCGGCUUCGGGUCGUACCAGCGCCGCCUUGUCGCUCUGACGUGGGUGCCAGCACUGCUCAUCGCCUUCAGCCAGUUUUCCGACUCCUUCUUGUUGGCGCAGCCCAAGAGCGCGUGCGCGAGGAACGUGAGCGGGAUCGCGAUGCCGAGCGUGAGCCCCAUUGAUAGCCACAGCAUCCUUCUCCAGCCCGAGCAGCUCGUGGCCGACGCCGCCGCCGCCGCCAGCGACUACGACGACGACGCUGCUAACGCCAGCGCACCGUGCACGUGCGGCGAGGGCAGCAGGUUCGAGCUGCAGGCAGGUCUGCAGCACAACGUGGUCACCAAGUGGCAGCUGGUAUGUGAUGAAGAGUGGAAGGUCCACAUUGCUAAAUUCUCUUUGCUGGUGGGCUCCAUAUUUGGUUACCUGCUGAUGGGGGCUAUGGCAGAUUGGUUGGGUCGUAUUCCCGUGCUGCUGGUGUCAGUGCUGUCAGUGCUUGCUUUUGGCAUGGCAGUGGCCUUUUCUGUGGAUGUGGCCAUGUUCAGUACUCUGCGCUUCUUUGAAGGGUUUUGCUUGGCUGCAAUCAGGCUCUCCCUGUUUGUACUGAGGAUUGAGCUAUGUUUGCCUGGAUGGCGCUUCUCCAUGACAGUGGUUGCCAGUCUGGUUGUGGUAGGCGGGCAGCUGCUGAUGCCUGGCUUGGCUGCAGUUUGCCGCGAUUGGCAGAUUCUUCAGGUCCUCAUCAUCGUUCCAUUCAUUCUCAUGCUUCCAUACGUGUGGGUGUUUCCUGAGUCGCUGCGCUGGUUGCUGGCCACACAGCACUAUCAAAGAGCAAAGAAGCAAAUGUACUCCAUUGCCCAAAGUAAUGGUGUUGAAACAGCAACUGAUCCCAAUGGAAUACUUACAGAGCUGGAAAGAGAGCUGCAGCAGAAUCCUAGGACAUUCUGUAUCACACAGCUGAGCAGCACCAGAAACCUGUGGAAGAGCAUUGUAGUCCUUUGUGUUAACUCGCUGACUGGUUAUGGAAUCCACCACUGCUUUGCACGCAGUGUUCUGGAGGGCAGCACAUCUCAUCUGCAUUACUAUGCUCUGGCAGGCAUUGCUAUGGCCUCUUGUGUGGUGCUCUGUCCAGUGGUGGUGGGCUUUGGCAGGAGAGGUGGCCUCCUGACCUUCAUGAUCAUCACAGCACUGGCCUCAUUGCUCCAGCUUGGCCUUCUCAGCUUAAUUGGAAAGUACAGUCUACGCUAUGAUACAGUUCUGAGGGACACUCUGAAUCGGCGGUUCUCUGUGGCAUUUUCUAUUAUUGGAAUGUUCUCAUCGCGUGCUGUCAGCACACUCAGCAUCUUCUACUGUGCAGAGAUCACACCCACUGUCAUCAGGGGUGGAGGUGUAGGUCUGGUCCUUGCGAGUGCAGGGUUUGGAAUGCUAACAGCACCACUCAUGGAGCUUCACAACCAGAAGGGCUUCUUCCUCCAUCAUGUCAUACUCACCUGCUGUACUCUCCUCUGCAUCAUUUGCAUUCCGUUACUGCCAGAGACGGCAGGCCAGCCACUGCCAGAGACUCUGGCUGAGGGGGAAGGGCUGCUGCGCAGACCCCUCGUCCCUGGAGAGCAGCAUCACCUCCUGGCCAGGCCAGAGGUCAGGGAGUAUUCCCGUGUUCAGGACACUCCCCUGCACCAGGUGCUUAACCCCAGCAACAGCACAGCCAAUGGUGUCAGGACUUGAUUAUAUAGAUAUUCUAUACAAAUAAAAAACAAUACAAAAACCGGACAGGCCAUAUGGAACUAUUAUAUGGAACACAUGGAACCAUAUUUCACCAGCCUGCAAGCACAAAUAUUCAUCAUGAGGUUAAAACCACUAAAACAAGCGGACCUUUCUAGAGCUUUUAACCAAUGAAUGAUGACAAAGCAAUGCCUAUGAAACAGGAUAAACUACUCAUAAUGUGUCAAACCUCAUCAGCCAGCUGAUGUUGGGACAGACAUUAAAGGGGUGUUGUGAACAAAAAAUUGAUUAACUCAUGCAAUGAACGGAAUUAAAUUUUAAAGUGACCACUAA